AUGUCGACUCUGGAGACACCCAAAUCCAUAACGGGUGUGAACCUCCCACCUACUGCGUCUGGAGGAGACGCAUCAACGCGCGGAAAGGCUAAGGAUGCUCAGACCUAUGACAUGGAAGACAGCGAAUCUGAGCCGGAACCCGAUAAGGAAGCACCUAACGAAGCAACGAAAGCGGAAUCUCCUAUGGUCCCAUACCUGGAGCAGAUGUUCUCCAAGAGGCUCGAUGCCAUGCAGUCCAUGGUAGAGAGGCUCCCAGAGGUAGCUCCCCCCAUCCGGAAGAGCAACCCAGACUCCUAUGAUGUUGAGAUCACCUUGAUCGAGAUGCCCAGGAAGUUCUCCUUCCCCAGCAUAAAGGCGUAUGAAGGCACUACCGAUCCGGGUGACCACAUCACCCAAUACAGACAAAGGAUGCUUGCUGUAGCACUCCCAAAAGAUUCGCUUGAAGCUACCAUGUGCAAACGGUUCGGCUCAACCCUGACCGGACCCACUCUGCAAUGGUACAUCAACCUACCCUCCAGGUCCAUAGCCUCUUUCGCGAUUCUCUGUGAUAAGUUCGGGGAACAAUUCGCCAGCAGCAGGGACCUGCAUAAAACCUCUGAUGGCCUCUAUGAAAUCCUCCAACACUGGACAGAACCCCUACAAGGCUACAUAGCCCGCUUCAAUCAAGAGAAGGUGGCUAUUUCUGAAUACACCAGCCCCACUGUUAUCUCUGCCUUCAAAAGAGGCAUGCUCCUCGACGGGGACCUCUAUAAGGAGCUAAUCAAAUACCAGUGCAAAACCAUGGAAGACGUCCUAUCCCGAGCUUGGGCACAGAUACCAGAACUGGCCGAUCAAGAAGGCAAAAGGGAUGGCAGUGUUCACGUGGCUAGACAUCUCUCACCUCUCCGUCUCAAGGCCGGAACUGAUCAAUGUUCUGAGGCAGAUGGGCCAACAGGUCAAGUGGCCUUAGAAGAUGAAAGCGUCUGGUGCGACUUCCAUCGAGACCACGGUCACAAAACGGAGGACUGCAUCGCACUGAAGAUCAAGGUCAAUGAGUUGCUUAAGAAAGGACACCUCAGGGAGUUCCUUUCCGAGAAGGCCAAGAGUCAUCUAAGCAAGAAGAUAACGGGGAAGCCCACUGAAGCUACUCCCUUCUUGCCACCUCGACAGGACCGAAAGAUACAUGUCAUAUCUGGCGGUUCGAAGAUCAGCGGCAUAAGCCAUGCAGCCGAAAAAAGCACAUGGAACGCCAAGCACGGCCUAGAGGCGGCCAAGCCAAAACGGCUGGUCCUGGGUGUUGGACCCAAUUUUGGUCAAGACCGAAAUGGGCCCCGAUCGUAG